AUGUCUCCCAAAUACACCCUCUUUGUCGGAACCUUCAUCCAGCUCCCCCGCUUCAAGUCCGAAGAGGGCCACCAGCUCGCCAUCACCCGCGGCGCGCUCUGGGUGUCCACUGCCGACGGCACAAUCGAAGGCUUCGACUGGUCCAUUGCCAAUGACCGAGACCUGAAGAGAUUCCUCCGUCACAAGGGGUGGACUGUCGUGAAUGAUAAAGAUGGCCACAAUAAGAACAAGCACGGGAAACAUCCAAUAGACACCCACAUCCACGCCCCCCAAUACCCCAACGCCGGCCUCUUCGGCGACGCCGGCCUCCUCCACUGGCUCAAGAACUACACCUUCCCCAUCGAAGCCUCUUCGGCAGCUCCAAAUUCCCCUCCAUCCCUCCUCCCUACGCCUACCGCGUCUACAACCAAGUCGUCGCCCGCACCCUCGCAAACGGCACUACCUGCGCCUCCUACUUCGCUACCAUCCACGUCCCCGCCACCAACCUCCUCGCCUCCCUCUGCCAUGCCCGCGGCCAACGCGCCCUCAUCGGCCGCGUCUGCAUGGACCGCCCUGAACAAUGCCCCGAUGACCUCCGCGACGAGUCCCCGGACAUCGCCAUCGACAAGACCCAAGCCAGUAUCGACCACAUUCACACCAUCGACCCGGAGGGAGCCCUCAUCCAGCCGAUCGUGACCCCGCGGUUCGCGCCAUCAUGUACCCCGCGCUCGUUGGGGAAACUGUCCAAGCUAGCGGCCAGCUACUCGCCCCCAUUACAUAUCCAAACCCAUCUCGCUGAGAACCUGGACGAGUUGGAUCUCGUGAAGAAGCUGUAUCCGGAAUCGAGGGACUAUACCUCCGUGUAUAACUACUUUAAACUACUUACCCCGCGCACGAUCCUCGCACACUGCGUACAUCUCUCCGACGACGAGCGCGCCAUGAUCGCCGAGAAUGAUGCAAAGCUCUCCCACUGCCCCGCGUCCAACUCUGCCCUCGGCUCCGGAAUCUGCGAAGUCCGCAAGGCCAUCGACUCCGGCAUCACCGUCGGAUUGGGAACCGACGUAAGCGGCGGAUAUAAUCCCAGCAUUCUGGAAACAGUCCGCCAAGCGUGCUUAGUAUCGAGGUUGUUGCCGCAUAUGUCUCGAGCUCAGCCUGAAGAAAGAGAGGGUACGCCAGAUGAUAAUGACGACAAAGUCCCUCGCGAAGUCCUCUCCAUUGAAGAAGCACUUUACCUCGCCACGCGCGGCGGAGCAGCCGUCGUCGAUAUGGCGGAUCAGAUCGGUGGGUUUGAUCAGGGGAUGGUGUGGGAUGCGCAGAUGGUCAAGCUGGGGAAGUUUAAUCCGGCGGGGAGGUGGGGGAAGACGGGUGGGGUGGAGAGUGCGGUGGAUGUGUUUGAUGAGGGUCAGAGUUGGAAGGAGAAGGUGCAUAAGUGGGUGUGGAAUGGGGAUAGUCGGAACGUGAGGAUGGUGUGGGUUGGGGGGAGAUUGGUGCAUCGGGUUUGGGAGGAGGGAGAGGAUAGAGAUGGGAGGGGGAAGGGUGGGUGGGUGAGGUGGGUGAUGGGGGCGGUUGGGGUGGGAGCUGUGGGGUGGGUGAUUGUUAGGAGGUUGGGGGGAGGUAGAUGA